AUGGAGGAGCCACAGACGUCCCCCGCGCAUGAUGGCCGUGGGGGCGACAUAGUCACAGAGAGAUUCCGGGUCCAGUCGGAGCGGUCCGCUUCCCAUGUCCAGCUCGCGUGCCGCGCGCCGCACUGCGCGUUCCCAGUGGACGGGACUGUGCUCUGUGUGCAGAUCAUCUCGGACCCCGCCCAGCAGCUUCUGAUUUUAAAAGGACACCAUCAGCCAAUCACUGCCGUGGCAUUUGGCAACAUGGAACACCCGCUUAUGGUCUGCUCUGCCUCCCAAGACCGCGUGCUGAUGUGGAGGCUGGAGGAGUGCCGAGAGAAUGCGCUUCAGGCCUCCCCCGUCCUGAGCCUCUUCAUCGAUGGGGAGAGCCAGCAGCUGGUGGCCGGGGGUGCCGAGGGCCAGCUGUGUAUCUUCAGUUUGGUGGAAGGUCAUCAUUAUCGUCAAGUGACGCGUGUGGACCUGAGGAAAGAGAUGGAGAGUUUCUACGCCAGCCGGCCAGGAGAGAGGGGGCUGGAUAGAGGGGACGGGGUCGACGUGGCGCUCCCCAUCCUGAGCCUGGCGCACUGUGACCUGCCGCCGGGCCUCGGUCCCGGGUGUGGAUGCCUGUCCCCGGAGAGGACCAGCUGCGUGUGGGUCGGAAGCUCCACGGGGAUGUUCAUACUGAACCUGGCCAACUUUGAGCUGGAGGCGGCCCUGCAUUACCAGGAUUUUCAGGACCUCAGCAUUCAGGUGGCCGGGUCGUGUGCUGUGAUGAGCAGCUGUGGCAAGGCCUUCUGCUUACUCGCCUCCAUGUUUGGGAACGAGAUCACCGGCUUGGAGGUCGACCCAGCUGCUCUGGUGAGGUCCCAGCAGCACCGGCACCUGGGAAUGCAGCUCUCAGUGCUGCCCAGCUCCGGGGUCUCGCCAACCUCCCCUCUGUACUUCGGAGCCGCCGAGGGGACACAUAUCAAGCUGGCCGGCCGCCACCAAGCCGCUGCUCAGAGCAUCUCGCGGGACCAGCCCCUGGUCUUCCACAGCCGCGUCCGGUCCUCCGGUUACACGGCUGCGCCCCACAUGACCAUGUUCUCACCCAAGACCAGUGUCAAGAGAGGCUGUCAGAGACCUUCACAACGCAGGAGCACUCACCCCUGUCAGGAGUACCCUUCGGACAGCCCCGCGCCGACCCGGCUCCGUAGGCAGCUGUCUGUGGCCCAGGGCCUGGUGGCCGUGCGCUGCGUGCAGUUCUCAGGAGACGGGCGUCGGCUGGCCUGUGGCUUGACCGACCACCUGGCCCUGGUCUUUGAUGCCCAUCUGACUGGAGCACCUGCUGUUUUCUCGGGUCACGAUGGGGCAGUGAGCACCCUGGGCUGGAGCCACGAUGCCCAGUGGCUGCUGUCGGCCUCCCUGGACGGGACGGUGAGGGUGUGGUUGGCCCGCAGCCGGGAGCCUGUCCUGUGCCUGGGCACAGACAUGUUCCCGGAGCCGGUGCACCAUGUGCAGUUCUACUACCUCGAUUCGUUCAUGCUCGUGUCCUCGGGCCCCGAGCUCCAGCUGCUCCGGCACCACCUGGACCCCCACAGGGACGAGCUGAGAAGGUACAAGCAGAGGAGCAGGUGCACCCGCGUGUUCCGGCUCCCCACAACGGGGGCCGCGGAGAUCACCGGCCUGUCCGCCCCCAACGAGUUUUACUCCCACCUAGUGCUGGCCACCAGCCGGAGCCGGACAGUGGAAAUCUUCGACCUCAACGCAGGCCGCAGCGCUGCCGUGAUCCAGGGAGUUCAUUCCCGGCCCGCCCACCAGAUCUGCCAGAACCAGGGGUCGCCAUCCACCACCCAGCCGCCUCAGGCUUAUAACCUUUUCGCAACCACCGCCGUGGGUGACGGGGUCCGGCUGUGGGACCUGAGAACCCUGAGGUGUGAGCGCCGUUUCGAAGGACACCCAACCCGCUGCUUCCCGUGUGGGAUUGCCUUCAGCCCCUGCGGGCGCUUUGUGGCAUGUGGUGCGGAGGACAGACACGCAUACGUGUAUGACGUGGGCUCCAGCACCUUCUCCCACCGGCUGCCGGGGCACACGGACACAGUCAGCGGGGUGGCCUUCAGCCCAUCCGCCCCUCAGCUCGUCACCGCCACUCUGGACGGCAAACUCCAGCUGUUUGUAGCCGAGUGA